AUGGAUCCAGAACAAGUUAUGGAAGAUGGUAGUGAAGUUCUCCAAUUCAUACGAAAUUACUGGAACGGGAUUCUACAGAAUCAGUUUCCAGUUCUACCUGACUUUUCUACCAUCAAACCUGGCUACUUACAAAAUCUGAUACCACGUGAGGCACCUGAAGAGGGCGAGGAAAUGGUCAAAAUCCUGGAUGACUGCAAGAAAAUGAUACUCCCAGGGGUCACGCAUUGGCAACACCCCGACUUUCACGCAUAUUACCCGGCAGCUACCUCAACUGCUUCCAUCUUGGGAGAUUUACUUUCUGGAUCUCUCGGUGUAGUGCCACUUACUUGGACCUCAAGUCCAGCUGCCACAGAACUGGAAGUGAUUGUCCUCAACUGGUUAGCAAAGGCGCUUGGACUUCCGUCAAAAUUCCUCUACAAUACAAAACAACACAGCUCCAAAAUUUGUGGAAGCGGAGUUAUUGAGAUCACCACCGGCAUUGCAUCGCUCAUUGUCACAAUAGCUAUUCGGAAUAGUGUCACAAAGCGGUAUCGUCAAGAGGCGGAUCUCACUGAAGACAAUCCGGCUGGUGGUGCUGGAACCAUCGUCGACCGAAUGGUUGCUUAUGUUUCGGAUCAGGUUAACUGUUCAAUACAACGAGCUGUGGACUUGGCGAUGAUCCAGAUACGCACUAUCAAAUCAAAGCGCAUUGGUUGUAGGUUGGUAUUCGAUGCCGCUGAUAUACAAAAAGAAAUUCAAACAGACCGCGAAAGAGGAUUCAUUCCGCUAAUGUGCAUCGCCAGCCUAGGCACGACAAACACGUGUGAAUUCGAUAACCUGCAAGAAAUUGGAACCUUAUGUCAGAAAGAAAACAUUUGGUUGCAUGUGGACGCAGCAUAUGCAGGAAGUGCACUUCUUUGCCCGGAAUUUCGUCACUUUGCGCAAGGACUGGAAUUCGCUGACUCUAUUUGCUUCAAUCCUCACAAGCUGAUGCUCGUUAACUUUGACUGUGCCAUUUUAUGGGUUUCCAACUACAAACUACUGACAAGCACAUUCGGCAUGGAAGCGGUCUAUCUGCAAAGCGGACUAACAGGAAUGCCGGAUUUCAAGGUAAUUGUUGAUUAA